GGCAUCGAUCGCUCUCCACGUGUGUAGCGUCUCCCUCAAUCAGAGGUUAUGUCCACGCGAUUCCCGAUAUUAUCCCUCUAAUAAUUGUGAAUAAAUAACCGAAAAAAUGGGUAAAAAGACGAAGAUUGGAAAGCAGAGGAAGGAUAAGUUUUAUCAGCUGGCUAAGGAAACAGGAUACAGAUCUCGUGCAGCCUUCAAACUGAUCCAACUGAACCGUAAAUUCGAGUUUCUCCAGAAGUCUCGAGUAUGCAUAGACCUCUGUGCUGCUCCUGGAGGAUGGAUGCAGGUUGCCAGGCAGAACAUGCCAGUGUCCUCCAUCGUCAUCGGUGUGGAUAUAUUCCCAAUAAAACAGAUCCCCGGCUGCAUCAGUCUGACAGAGGACAUAACAACAGACAAAUGCAGAGUAGCAAUAUCGAGAGAGCUAAAAACUUGGAAGGCUGACAUUGUCCUCAACGAUGGAGCCGGAAAUGUUGGCAAAAAUUGGCUGCACGACGCCUAUCAUCAGGCAGUUCUCACCCUGGCAGCUGCCAAAGUAGCCUCCCAGUUCCUGAGAGCCGGCGGCUGGUUCAUAACUAAAGUAUUCAGGUCCAAGGACUAUCACCCCCUAAUUUGGGUGCUGAAACAACUCUUCAAGAAGGUCCAUGCGACGAAACCCCAGGCGUCUCGUAACGAAUCAGCUGAGAUAUUCGUCGUGUGCCAGUACUACAUCGCCCCAGACAAGCUGGACCCCAAGUUCUUUGACCCCAAGUACGUUUUCUCAGAGCUGGACAUCGAUCCUAAGGCCAAACUCAAUGUGUUCCACCCUGAGACCAAGAAGAAGGCGAAGGCUGAGGGCUAUCCUGAAAAUGAUUACACUCUUCACCACACAGUUUCAGCUUCUGACUUCAUCGCGAGUGAAGAUGGCAUCGAGGGCCUGCAGAAUGCCUCCGAAAUUGUCAUCGACGAAGACAGAAUUGCAAAUCACCCGAAAACAACUUCUGAGCUUCGAGAGUGCUGUAAGGACAUUAAAGUCCUGGGGAGAAAGGAAUUGAGAUUGAUCCUGGGCUGGUGGAAGGUUCUGCACGCAGAACUUCACUCGAAGCCUGAGACCGAGGACAAUGAAAAUGUUCAGGUGGAGGAUGAAGAGAAGCCUGAGAUCGAUGAGGACGAGAAAGAGGAGCAGGAGAUCGACGAGGAGAUUCAGAAGUUGAAGGGAGAAGCUGCUCGUGAGCUGAAACGAAAGAAGAAGAAGGCGAAUAAGGAGAGAACGAAGUUGAAUGAACGGCUGAACCUGAAGAUGGUGCACAAGGGGGACGAGGGGCCGAAGCUUGAGGGGGACGACAUGUUCACGUUGAAGGAGAUUCAGACGAUGGAGCAGCUGGACAUCGUGACAAAUUCAGCCCCAGAAGUGGUGGCCGACAGCGAUGGAGACUCUGAGGAAGAGGUGAAGUUGCCAAAGAGACUGAAGUACAGCAAGGAAAAUGGCCACUUGGACAGUUCAGGAACUUAUUACAAGAGUGAUGAGAGUGAAGUGGAGAACUCUGAGAAGGAUUCAGACAGCGAGAGGGAGGGGAUGGGACUCAGUGACUCUGAGGACGAGGGGAAGAGCAAGAAGCUAGGGAAGAGAGUGAAAUUCGAGAGUGAAUCGUCGAAUCCACUGAUCACCGACCUGGACGCGAGGGAUAAAAAGGCGAAGAAGAUUCAUAAAGCUGAACUGUGGUUUGAGAAGGACAUUUUUAAGGACCUGGAGAAGGAAGCUGAUGAGGAUUACGAGUUGGAUAAGAUGGUGGAGGAGUUCCAGAGGAAGGGGGUGAAGGUAAUUGGGGAGGAGACGACGAAAGAAUCUAAAAAGACGGUUUUAAAGCCUGACAAGUCGAAGAAAUUGAAGAGAGGAGAUGACUCUGACUCUGAUUACGACGUCGAGGAGUUCAUGUCCCCAGAAAAAUCCGAGAAAGGGGGGAAGAAAGUGGGGGGAAAGGAUGGCUUUGAAGUUGUGUCCAAAGAGGCCACGAUGAAGCCGUCGAAGAGAAAAUUGAACGACGAAGAUCUAGCCCUGGGGUCACUGCUUGUUCAGAGCAAAAAAUCGAGGAGAGAUUUGGUGGACGGUGCGUGGAACAGGUACGCCUUCAACGACGAUCAUUUGCCAGACUGGUUUGUCCAGGACGAGGAGAGGCACAUGAAGAAGGAGGCGCCAGUGCCGAAGGAGCUAGUUGAUGAAUACAAGAAGAGGGUGGAGGAUUUGAAUGUGCGACCGAUAAAGAAAGUUCUCGAGGCUAAGGGGAGAAAGAAGAGACGAGCACUGAAGAAACUUGAGAAGGCUAAGAAGAAAGUCGAGGCAUUGAUGGAUAAUAACGAUAUCAGUGAGCAGGAAAAAGCGAAACAAGUUAAAGCAUUAUACAGAAAUGCUAAAAAAGAACCGAGGAAGGAAGUGACGUACGUUGUGGCGAAGAAAAAUGGCGCAACGAAGAGAGUGGCCAGGCCAGCUGGUGUCAAGGGACGCUUCAAAGUUGUUGAUCUUCGAAUGAAAAAGGAUUUGCGUGCUGCAAAGGCCAAAGAGAAGACCAAGAGUCGUGGUAAAAAGGCUGGAGGUAAAGCACCGCGUGGUAAGCCCAGGGCAAAGACGACGAAAGGUAGAAAAUAAUUAUUAUCUUAAUUGAAAAACGUAAUUUACGUUGCAACAAUUCAAUAAUUAAGACUAUUACAAUAGCGAAAUAAUGUACAUAUGCAUUUGAAAUACAGUCAUUUUAUCCUAUAAAUCACGCUGA